UGUCUUUUCACUUCCCGCUCGUACUUCACCGGUUCCCGCGAUUUAUUUGUUGAUAUUGUUGUCUGUUGACAUAUUCUCUCGAUCGGCCGAACGUAACGCGUUGACCGACCACCAUCUACCGAAUGCAUAACUCUCGCGUUUUCCUCUCUCAUUAGUCUCAUUUUGUUAUCGGCUCCCAGAACGGAUCCUCCUAGUGCGUUAUCGUGACAACGUCUCCGUCCGCCGUCCCACCGAAAACCGCAUCCAUGUAAUCUGACUGGUGACGAGUUUCCCGGGCAACUGUGGCGUUCGAAGACACGUCUUGAAUAAAACGAUCUUUGGACGUGUCCGUCCUGCUCAAUCGCACGUGAGUCGCGCGUUUCCUGCUGCGAUAACACCGUCGGCAUAUACUGCUGUGUUAAAAGCGAGUAUCAAAAAUGGAUAAAUCGGAGAGGAAGAAAUCUGCUGGUUUAAAAGAAACCAAUAAACUUUUAAAACCAGAACAACAUUUUAUUGGAUUUGAUAUUGAUGAUGAACUUUUGAUAAUCAUUGAAAAUAAGAAAAAAUCAUUAAAAAUGGAACUUAGUAAAGAAACAACAGGUGAACCUGUGGAAGUAGAAGAGCCCUCCAUUGUUAAUAAUAACCAUGUUAAUAAAAAGAAACCGUCUAAAUCAAGUAUAUCAUCACCWGAACCUAAUGAUGUCAARAACAAUCGUAGUAACAAGAGGCAUAAGAAAGACAAUUUACGCAGUGAUGCUUUAGAAUCUUCAGAGUUACAAGUUCUCCCUACUUUAGAACUUAGUACUCCAACAUUCAACCUCACCUCAUCUAACGCUAGAGCACGUCGUAGUACAGGUAGAAAAAUAAAUGUUGAUAUCAGUGAUGCUAUUUUCAAACUUCCAUUUGAGCAUGGAUGGAAACGAGAAUUAGUUUACAGAACAUCGGGUGAAUCUACAGUUCUUAAUCGARCAAAUAGAAGUGGUGAUGUAUACUAUUAUUCUCCAAGUAACCGAAAACUUAGAUCAUUACGAGAAAUUCAAGAACAAUUGGACAUCUCGCCUGAUAAGGAUCUAACUAUAGAAAGUUUUACAUUUUUAAAGCAACCAAUUGGCUUGAAUGACCGAUCAAAAGAACUGAUCAGAGAUGCUAAUUCUAAAUUAUCUAAAGAAGAUUCAUUUGUUGGUCUUGCUGUUAGACCUAAAAAAUCUAAAACACCUGUACAACGACCACCAUUUGAUUAUGAAUUGUCAGAAGAUGAAAACAACAAGUCUUCAAGUAAAAUGAAGGUUGUUUUUAAAAAUGCUAAGAGCUCCUCAAGAUCAAGAUCUAAAAAAGGUAAUUCAGAAUCAUUGAACGCCUCUUCAUCUACACCUGAAUACAUAUCUGAAGACUGGCAAGCUAUUAAAUCUAGUGCAUCACCUAAAGUUUCUUCUCCGAAACUUGAGAAUAUUGAUAUAGAUAACACAGUUAAUAAAAGACGGUUGUCAACAUCAGAUGGUGAAGUUAUUAUGCAAACACCUUGUGGGAUACGGUGCCCAAAUAGUGAUGAACCUGCCACUUUGAUGUGUGCUCAAUGUUUGGUCUACUAUCAUCCAGCAUGUGUCAAUUUAAAUGCUAAUUUAAAAAUUGUUGGUUAUGUCUGUAUAAACUGUCGAUCUACUGUGCGACAAAGAAAUAGACGUGUACAGUCCUCUCAUACAGUGAUUAUUGGUGCUUCUGAACCAGAACAACUGCGUGUUGAACCAAUUCGUAUACGACAACUUCAUCAAGGGUCGGAAUCAUCAGACACACCUAAUUUUAUUAUUGAUAGAACACCAAUUUCUAAAACUGAAGAAACACAUAAUGAAAUUGAUGAAAAUAGUGAUGAUAAUGACUCUGAUAUAAUAAAUACAGUUAUUUGUCAAGGAAAUGAAUAUAAAACUACAAUGGUUGAUGGUAAUUUCCAUGAACAAUAUGUUUAUGAAAUGAAACAAACACGAGGACCUAGUUUGAUGACAUGUGUUAUUCAAGAACCUAAAAAUUUGGAUGAGAAUUCUGAAAUGAAUGGUUCAUUAAGAGAAGUUGUAACACCUUUUGCAUCCAUGCAAUCAUUCAAUUACAUGGUUAAAGCAUUAAGACAUGUUUUUAAACAUCUGAAAACACAUGAGCUUUUAUCAGCUUCUAGAGUAUGUACUGCCUGGCAUAUAAUAGCAAUGAAUAAGUUCUUGUGGCAGACUGUUCGCUUAAAAAAUUCUAUGGUUUAUGACUGGGAAAGGUUUGUAGACUCUAUUGAUCAACAAAGAACUGAAACAUUAGAUACUAGGCGUAUGUUGAUACCUGUUAAAGUUGAAGAAUUCGAAAAUUUUUGGUUGCGUUUUUCUAUAGCUAUGAAAAGAGCUCAAAAGUUGAAAUUCAUUGAAUUAUAUAGAUGUCCUACCCAUGUUGUUGAAGAUAUUAUUUACUCAUUACCUCAAAUUGAAAUACUUAAUGCUAGUUCAAUAAAAAAUCCAAAUGUUACAAAAGARGCAAAAAAUGUCAAUGAUUUUAUGCUCCUAAACUUAAAUUAUUUGGGACAAAUGACAAAGCUCACAGAGUUAAGACUAAAAGGAUUAACUGGAAUAAAAUUGACGUCCUUGCCAUCAUUUGAAAAUUUAGUAAAUUUGAAUAAAUUUUCAUUAACCUCUAUUAAAUCAUUUCCAAAAGACAUCUGUCAGAGUUUGGAUACUAUUACUGAUAAUAUUGAGUUUUUGGAAAUUGGUGACUGUGAUUGCUUAUCAAAGGAUUUUGCCGCAUCACUAAAAAGAUUUGUCAAUUUGAAAUCAUUGAGAUUAGAAAAUUGCUGUGGUAGAUGGGAACAAUAUGCACAAGAAGUUUUUACUGUCAUUAGAGGACUUGAAAAGCUCAAGAUUUUGGAAUUGAUAAAUAUAGAAUUCAGUAAUUGUGUUGAAGAUGAAUUAGAAAAAUGUGAUGGUAUUAAAGCUUUACUGAUAAUUCCUGCUUAUGUGAGCCAAUCCGCUACUACUAACUGUCACCUAAUUGACUGUCUCAAGAUACUCUCUAAGACAUUAACACACUUGGUUUGGGGAUUGACUCAUGAGUUACUCCGUGUUACAGACUUGUUUAUAACUCAAUAUCAACAAAACCAGCAUACUAUUGGUUAUAAUUUAGAAUUAUCUCAUACCAAAGAAACAACCAACAAUAUACCUAUAUUGAGGACAAGAAAGCCCAGGCAGCGACCAGGAGAUGAGCCUGCUCCCGAAAAGGAAAAAGAAAAAGACAAGUCAGAUAAUGUUGAUAUACUUUCAGUUCCUGCACUAGAAAAAUUGUUAGAUACAAUGAUGCCUGAUGCUAAGACUAAAGUAAUUAAGGUUCCCUUUUCUGGAACUGUUAGAGUUUAUUUAAGUGAACAGUUUAAUGAUCUUUGAAUUAAAUAUGUAGUAUUCAUAGGUUUCUCUAUAUGAGAAACCUUUUACGUUAUGAUUCUAUUUUUUGUGACCAUGGAAAUUUUUUGUACUUCAAGGUGGAGAUUUUAAUAAUGACUUAAAUUAUUAGUUAUAAUGUAUAUGUAUUAUAUUUUUCUGUAUGUAUAACUAAUCAUAAAUGUUAUCAUACAUUUAGUAGUCUUAUAUUUGUAAUAAUUUUAUUUCAUUUAUAAUUCAUAUUUUUUUUUUUCAUUUUGUAAAUAAUAUAAAUCUUUAAAUGAAAAUGUAAAUCUUGCUAUUCAUUGUAAAUUAAUUUUGAUCCAAACCUAAAUAAAAUUAGGUUCAAGAACUUUUUAAGGAACAGUUAAAUUYUAUGUACUUUUUAUGAAUAUAAUUCACGCAGUUAUCAGUUUUAAGACUGAUAUCAAUUGUCUAUAACUUAAAUAAUAUGAUAUUACUAUUAAAGUUAGUAUAUUUUUGUUUGUUAUAAAAUAAAUAAUUCAAUAUCGAUAACCGAUUAUGUAUCUUUCAUAAAUACAAGAAGAUAACUUUUAAAGUGAUCCAAUAAAUAAAGAAAAACUGUAUAGUUCUUAAUUGGUAUAUAACGGAAAUUGUAUUUCAUGUUCCCACUGAUUAUAAA